CGCCGCCCCCAAACUUCUCACCGUCGCCCUUUUCCUUUCCCCAAUGCUGGGACUCAGAAAGCGGGGAGAAGAGCCUCCCUUGGCGCCACCGGACGGGGAAGAGGAGGAGGAGGAGGAGGAGAGCCGGGCGGGGAGGGCGGCGGCGCGGGUGGUAACCACACCCCAAAGGGGGAAAGUCUUCGGGCGCCGGAGGAGGAGAGAGGGUGGCAGGUGGUGCGGCUGCUGCUCCUGGCACCGGCGGGCGAGGGCGCGGGCGCGGAGGAAGAGGGACGGCUCCUGGGACCCGCCGCCGGCUUCGCCCCCGCUGGUUCUUCGCCGGAGCCCCCGCCGGCGCCUGCCGCCCGCUGCUGGGGCCCCGAAGGGCGAGGGGCGCGCCAUGGGCUCCCCGCCGGGCCCCCCGCUGGCGCUCCUCUUCAAGGGCACCUUCGUCCACGCCACCCACGCCUCGCCCAUGGACCUCCUGCCGGGACACCUCCUGGGCGUCGAGGAGAGCGGGAAGAUUGCAUUUUUGGAACCAGCUGAUGAACAAGAGAAACUGGCAAAGAAGUGGGGAUUUAAACCAUCUGACAUAAGAGAGCUCAGUAAUAAUGAAUUCUUCAUGCCAGGUUUGGUUGAUGCACACAUCCAUGCUCCACAGUAUUCUUUUGCAGGAACACGAACAGACCUGCCUCUUCUUCAAUGGUUAAAAAAAUACACGUAUCCAAGAGAGGCCCAAUGUGAGGACCUUAGUCUUGCUGCAGAGGUGUACACUAGAGCUGUGAGGCGAACACUCAAGAACGGUACUACUACAGCCUGCUACUUUGCAACAAUUCACACAGAUGCUUCUUUGCUUCUGGCUGAUAUUAUAGAUAAGUUUGGCCAAAGAGCAUUAGUGGGCAAAGUUUGUAUGGAUCACAAUGAAUGUUUUCCAGAAUAUAAGGAGACCACAGCAGAAUCUGUUAAGGAAACUGAAAGGUUUGUUAGUGGAGUACUGGAAAAGAAAUAUGCAAGAGUACAUCCCAUAGUAACACCUCGUUUUGGGCCAUCAUGCACAGAGGAAUUACUGCGUAGCCUUGGUAACCUGGCAGAGGCUCAUGAUAUUCAUGUACAGAGCCACAUAAGUGAAUGCGAAGAAGAGGUCAAACUUAUUAAAAACAUGUUUCUUUCGUAUCAAAAUUAUACUGAACUGUAUGAUAAAAACAAGCUUCUUACAAACAAGACCAUAAUGGCUCAUGGUUGCCAUCUUACUGAUGAAGAGCUGAAAAUGUUUCACCUUAGAGGAGCUGCCAUUGCACAUUGCCCAAAUUCAAAUAUAUCACUAUGUAGUGGCCUCUUUAAUGCAAAAAAGGUUCUGAAACAUGAUGUGAAACUUGGUCUUGGCACAGAUGUUGCUGGUGGGUACUCAUCAUCCAUGCUUGAUGCUAUCAGAAAGGCAAUUAUGGUUUCUAAUAUUCUUCAUAUAACUCGAGAAAAUGAAGGAGGCUUAACUCUGAAGGAAGUUUUUCGACUAGCAACCCUUGGAGGAAGUAAAGCUCUAGGACUAGAUACUAUAACUGGAAACUUUGAGGUUGGCAAAGAAUUUGAUGCACUGCUAAUCAACUCCAAAGCUUCCGAUAGUCCUUUUGAUUUGUUUGCUGCUGAUGCUUCUGAGGACAUUAUCCAGAAAUUCCUGUAUCUGGGUGACGACAGGAAUAUUGAAGAGGUUUAUGUGGCUGGCAAGCUGGUGGUUCCAUUUUCAAGUUCUGUAUAAAAUGAAUACCAUUUUUUCUCAAAAAAAAAUGCUCUGUUGGUAAUUCUGUAGCUUGAAAGAAGUUGGUGAAAAAUGCGGUGCCUUGUUGUGAUGCUAUGCUCACUGCUUAGUUUGUUUCUGAUUUUCAGGAAAAAGAUUGCAGAUCUCAUCAGUAUUAUGCCAAAAAUGUUUCUGAUUUGUACAAGAAAAAGAAGCAACAGUGUCUAAAGUAAAAGAAAAAAAGUACUGUGCAAAGAAUGUAUAGAUACAAUACACAGGGUAUACAUUUCCCCCCUUGAGCUUUACUUUACGAUGUUUCUGCCACAACAUUUUGGAAAACGUAUUUCAUAGUUAUGAAUCCACUGAGGAUUGCAAGCCCUGAUGGAGAUCUAAAGCACUUUUGUGUUGUGUGAGUGUUGUUGAUGUCCCCACCCAGUCCUUAUUUGACCCUUAUCUGCAUAGAGGUUAUGUGAUACCCCAUUGGGACUACAGUCCUUUGAUUAUCUAUCACUUUUGAUAAAUAUGGCUUCAGUAUUGUUGUUAGUAAAAGUGAAACCUUUUGGAUGACAACAAGUACUCAGGGAUUAAUAAGGGAAGGGAAGAAAGGGAAACCAGAGAAUAUACAGCAGUGAUGUAGUAUUAUCCCUGUCCUUAUAACAAUUUCUUGCACUUUCAUAACAUUUGUUUCAUUCCUCCUAGGAGGUUGAAAGGCCAGCAUAAAAAUCGUAUUCUGUUGGACUACUUUUUUUUUGACAAGCACUGCUAACUGUGGAUUUAAGCACUGCCAUAUUCUUAGCAAUGCUCGUGAAUGUAAAUGUUGCUUCAAUAAAUAUUCACAGCAGAAAAUACAUUUAUACAGUGCUGAGUUUCAACAUGGCUUUUGAUCUAAGUACUUGCUUCAUUCUAAUCUGGAGCAGUAGACCAAAGCUGGUUGUGAGGCCAGUGGGGAGAAGUCUUUCCUAAACAACAGAUUUUAUGUAUCAUUAAAAGACAGCAUGUAGUAAGCUAUUUACAAUACCAUUGUCCCCAUGGGAGUUUGAUAAUAGUAUUUCAGGCAUACAAUAUUUUGGGCUAUUUUUGACGCAGUUUCAAGGCAUACUGCGCAGCCUAGGACCAAUUUAAUGAGCACUUACAGUAGAAAAGCUGUUGUGAACAAGAUAUGUUUACUAGAGCAGUGGUACACUUAAAAAUAAAUUUAGCUGUAAAAUGUGUGGGAUGAUAACACGGUGUUGCUUUACUAGUGUUCACCUGAAUUAAGUUUGAAGGACCAAAUUAGAUGUCUCUUCAGCCUAAUGUUUAACUCUUUACUACAUUUCUGCUUUGCAAACUCUUUCCCCAUGGGAGUUUCAAAUACUUAUUUUCUUCAAUUUAAACACACAGAAGGAAAGCAGCUGGAGAGGGAAAGAUCUGGAGCAUGCAAGUAACCAGGUGGAAACAGAAAAUGUUUUAGCUUGCUGCUUUGAAUGGUCUCUCUGGAAAUAGCUUUUCUAGAUUCAAGAGUCUCAGGAUAAUGAUGUCUGCAUUUGCAUGCAGCAUCUAAUUGAGCACAAGAGCUGUGCUUUCGGAAAUAAUUAAGUAGCAUGCUAAUUGAUUUUACUUGCCCUUUACAACUCAUUCUGAUAGUUACCAUGGUUCUUUGUGAGGAGGGGAACCAAUUCAUAGCAAAAAGAGAAGGUCCACUCUUCUAAUUUGAAACUGAACCAGUGCUGUGGGUCCAAAUGUAUUUCUUCUAGUAUUAAAAAAUGUAAACCAUUGUAUAAAACUCAAUUAUUUUAUGCUAUUAGAUUUUUAAAACAUAACUCUUUAAGAGAUAGGAGGCAUCUUUCUUAAAGCAGACCAGUCUUCGCUGUGCUCCACUUCUCCCCUCCCAAUCUUAUUACUCUUAAUUGCAGAAGUCCAACAUGUUUGAAAGCCAAGGUUGCUAUUAAGGAGAAAUAACAGGAAAAACAAAAUGGUGAUAUCUUGAAUUUUCAGUAUUUCUAAUGAUUAAAUUAAUUUUAAAAAUUACUUUGUCAGGCUCAUGAAGCAGGAUUUUGGGAGAGAAAUGUUAAUGCUUCGUAGGAGACCGGCCAUAGAAAUAUCUAUUGCUCCAUCACUGAACCGAAAUAAUAAGGGGGAAUUUAUGUGUUUCCCCCCUCUUUUUCCAAUUUCCACCUGCAUUAGGAGCUCAAAGGACAAUUUCUCUCCACCUCCUUUACCCCCAUUUCUCUACACUUUUGCUACAUUUCAGAGAUUUUUUUUAUGUUAGGAGUGACUUGAGAAACUGCAAGUUGCUUCUGGUGUGAGAGAAUUGGCCAUCUGCAAGGACAUUGCCCAGGGGAUGCCCAGAUGUUUUAACAUCCUAUGGGAGGCUUCUCUCAUGUCCCUGCAUGGGAAGCUGGAGUUGACAGACGGGAGCUCACCCCGCUCCCCGGAUUCGAACCACUGACCUUUCGGUCAGCAAUCCUCCUGGCAUGAGUGUUUGAUCUGUUGCAAUACCAAGGGCUCCAUUUCAGGGAUGAAAGGCAAUGGAUGACAACCAGAUGUAGUGCUACGUCGAGGGGAGAGCUCUGUGGCACUUCAUCCCUGAAAUGCCUUAGAAGUGCGUGGAAACAGGGGAGGACUUGCAUCUGAUAAGGUCCUAAGAGAAAAGGAGGUGAUGCCUGAAGGUUUUUAAUACUAAAAAUGAAAGGAAUAAUUAAAUAACAUAUGUUGUUUUCAUCUCCAAUGAGAAGUCAACCUUUUAGAUGGGGGGAAAAAGGUGGGCUCAGGUGGUAGUUUUUGUAAUGGGGGUCAGAUAGCACUAUUUUUUGUCUUUCUGCUUACCUUUGUCCUGUUGUGCUUUGUGGUGUUGUCAUAUAUAUUCUAUAUUUUCAGAUAUGAAUGUGUUUACAUAUUUAUUAUAUUUGAUAAAAACAUUUUAAAAGCCCAACUGAGCAGGUAUCUUUACACAGAAUCUCACAUUUUAAUUUCAGUUAACUCUCCCCCCUCACUGUAUAAUGAAGAUGAGACUAAUGCUAUUGUCCUAGCUUUUUCAUUGUGAUAUUAGGGGAAAUUCUCUGUAUUGUUAUUGGAUACUACGGCCACACUCCAGGAAGUGCAAAUGUACACUUCUAAGGCUAGGGAUGUCAAUAAUAUUUGAAGAUUUGAAGAGGGAAAUGAGAAAAGGGCUUCUCAAUAGUCUAAGGCUCCAUGUACAGUGGCAUAUAAUAGAGCUUGAAUUUGCAUUAUAUGGUUAGUGUGAACUCAUAUAAUGCAGUUCAAUGUAGUUAAAUUGUGUUAUAUCAAUCUAAUUGAUCAUAUGGUGUAGUUUCAAACUGCAUUAUAUGGCAGUGUAGAAGGGGCCUAAAAUCUCUGACAAGAUGCACCCAUACUGUAGAAUUAAUGUAAUUUGACACACUUAAUGCUAUGGAAUCCUGGGAUUUGUGGUCUGGUAAGACUUAGGGCCUCUUAACCCAUGAGUUGCAGAAAGCAGGGGGGUCAUCUUCUUAGUGCAGAAUAUUAUCCUGCUGUAUUUUAAAAAACAUUGUUUCAUUUUACAAGUCCCACCAGACAAUUUAUGUUUUCAACCCUUUCUCCCAUUUUUCCACAUUCUGAACCAUCACAUGAGUGAAUACAGUCCCUGCCCACUCUAUUUUUCUUUUUUUAAAAAUUAGGGUAAACUUCAAAAUAGCGAAAUCUGAUAUAUAGCAGAAGAAAAUACAAUGAUACCAAAGUGCUGAUAUCUUAUAAUUAUGCCAUUUCUUUAUAUAGCAUUAAAUUUUAAAAAAAUUACCAUUCCAGUCUCAUGUGGAAGGAAUUGGGAAAAGAAGUGGAGCAUCAAUGCUCAGUAGGAGAGCGGACAUAGGAAUGUCCAUUCCUCUAUGUUACUGAAAUGAAUCGAUAUGGGCGAAUCUGACAGAUCUUAUCCCAUAUGUAAGGAAGCACUUUUUCCCAUUUCCAAGUGCAUCAGGAGCUCAAAUGGUGAUUUCUCCUCUACUCCUGUGUCCCAGCCCCCAUCUUCUCCACACUUCUAAUACAGUUCAUUGACAAAAUACUACGGACAACAGCCGGAAGCUGUUUAGCAUUGUGUGAAGGGCUCCACGGAACUUCAUCUAUGAAAUGUUUUAUAUAUGUGUAGAAACAGGUUGUGUGUGUGUGUGGAGUGAGUAUGAUGAAGUCCUUUGUAAAACCACAACUCCAAAGAACCAUGGCAAUUAAAGUGGUGUCAGGCUGCAUUAGUUCUAUAGUGUAGAUAUACCCAAGGAGAAUCUUUCUUAAGUCUCUCUCUUAGCUUUUCCCUCACUCCUCAAAUCAAGGACUACUUCUAUGUCAUUAGCCCAGUAUCACCUUUUUUUUCCUUUCCCCUUAAAGCAGGAGGGAGUAACAUGUUGAGGAAGAUCACUGAGGGCUAUGUUCUUAUAACUGGCAUACAACAAUGACUUUUGCAUUUGUAUGAACCAGUUAUAAGGUCACAGGGAGCAAGGACACUUCUCUUUGAUAGGCUGCUCCUCCACCACAUGUUGUGAGAUGCCAAUCUCUAUAAUCUUCACCUGGCUUCUUUCUUUCUAAUGUGGUGCUAAGGGCAGGGUGGACCUGAGAGGAGCAUGGAAGAAGAAUACAAACUUCACUCCUUUCCUCCCAAUUUCUUGAUGUUGUGAAAAUGGUGAACAGGAGGAGUUGAGAGAGGAUAGUGUAAGGCUUUAGCUUUCCUAUUCUGGAAGGCUAUAGCCUGCUCAGCCUCAAUCAACUUCCCCUUUGUCCUGCUCAAAGAUUCUCCCACGAGAUUCUUUAAAUUGAAUACUUUUUGAAGACCUCUAGAAGUGGGGAGGAAACAUACUGAAUUAUUCAUUCUGUCUUGUGGGAAUAAAUAAUUUAACUCAGCACAUCCCUAGCUUGGAUAGAGCAUGUUUGUAGGGAUGCCUUGCAACCUUUCCCAUUUUUCAUAUACAUUUUUAGAAUAACUACUCUUUGACAAUCCUCAGUAGAAAAAAGGAGUGUUCUUCAGUACCGUUCAUAAUUGUGUAGGCAAAGCAGAAGACACGGACACUAUUAGUCACAAGACACAGCCAAGGGAAUUGUACUGAUGUAGCCAAGGAUCUGUCACUAAACACCUUAAAUGGGGACCAAAGCCUUAGGAAAUAUAAAUGAUUAGAACUCUGUUGUUUUAAAUGUUGAUACAGGAUGUGUCUCCCCAUUUUCAUCCUCGCAACUUACAUUCAAUGUCAGCAUGUAAUUUAGACCAAAAGGAAAAAAGAAAAAUUAUGGAAAUAUAGCUUAUUGAAAAAGCUUCAAUGUGCACUUUGUCAAAAUGAGCACUUUUUAUAUAUAAAUGGAGUUGAUUUAAACUGUGUUUAUCCUGCUGUGCUUUUCACCUUAUCUUUGAGUAAUAAAACUCAAUAUAUUCAUUUGAAUGAUUCCUCUAUGGCAAAUAGAAUUCUGCACUUUAAAAAUGGUUCCAUGACUUGCUGUCCAUGGUCUGUUGUACAGUAGAGUCUCGCUUAUCCAACAUAAACGGGCCGGCAGAAUGUUGGAUAAGCGAAAAUAUUGGAUAAUAAGGAGGGAUUAAGGAAAAACCUAUUAAAUGUCAAAUUAAGUUAUGAUUUUACAAAUUAAGCAUCAAAACAUCAUGUUUUACAACAAAUUGACAGAAAAAUUAGUUCAAUACACCGUAAUGCUAUAUAGUAAUUACUGUAUUUACGAAUUUAGCACAAAAAGAUGGCAAUAUAUUGAAAACAUUGACUAUAAAAACACUGACUACUAAAAGGCAGACUGCGUUGGAUAAUACAGAACGUUGGAUAAGUGAAGGUUGGAUAAGUGAGACUCUACUGUAUUUGCAAACAGGUGGCUUAGGAAACUCAGAAGUGGGGCUGCACUUUACUUGCUUUUACCAAAUACUUUUCUAGUGCACUGACCCUAUAUAUUUUUUGCUGCUGCUUACCAAGAUGAAAUAUAAAAAUAUAGCAUUCUGUAUUGCAUUUGCAGAUUCAAAACCUACAGUUACUGAUCCAUAACUGUCCUGUAUUCAACAGGACUAUGUAUUUGUGUUGUGGCAGUAUUACUACAAUCAUGAAUGUCCUCCUCCAAACUGUUUCAAUAGCCAGCAAUUCCAUCAAGUAAUGGUGAAUGUGGUGCAGUAAGAUGCCAUUUCCAGCUCUUCUUUCCAGUGAAUGAGGCUGUGUCCAUCAGCAGCAAGACUCCUGUAGCAAUUCCUCAUUGAGAUUCACUUGUUGGUGAGAGGAAGCUGGAACAGUCAUCUUCAUCACUAGACGAUCAGACCUCCACCACGCCAUCAGCUGGCUGUAAAGGUAAAUUUGGAAUGGUUAGCAGAUGCUACAUAGAUACACAUUCAUAAGUCAGUAAGCAAUGCAGGAAAUCAACAAUAGUCCUUCAGUCUCUUGAUUGACAACAAAAAUGUAGCUCACUAGUUUGUGGAAAAAUAACUGAAACUGCCAAUGGAAACAGGUGAAAUAUAGUGUAUUAACCCAGAUUCAGCUGCAAUAUUUGUUUAAUGCAAACCACAACACCCAGGUAUUCAUAUAUGCCACAUGCCUGGAGCUGGAAAGUCAGAAUGACUGUUUUCCCACCAACAGAGACUUGCCUGGAAUAAGAGUGCAAUAUGAAUACUACAAUUUUUUCUUCUUCCCAGGAGACAGUAGCCAUUUUGAUUUUGUGCAAUUUCCCCUUCACAUAUAUUGGUUUCCAGCAUGAAGGAAUCUCACUUAAUUAGUAUUAACCCAGCUUGCCUAAUUUGACUAGUUUUGGAGCCAGUGAUGGGGAAAAACAAUACCAAGAGCACGGUGAUUUUAACUUUUUAUGUAUUCAAAUCAACUCAUGUAUACAUGCAAUUGCUGUUCUGUUUGUGCUGCUAAUAGAUUUGGAAGGCUGCUGGGAUCUUGAUGUUGCUAGCCCUGGGGAAUGGAGCAUUCUGGACCAUUCUCAUAAUGAUGUGCUGCAAUUAAUGCUGAUGUGAAAAGUGCUUUGAUUUCAUUUUAUAAAAGGGAAAAGUCACUUUGAAAAAAAAGCAUCUUGAAAGAAUCUUGCCUUGACUCAAUUUUCUUCUGAUUUCAUACUUCCAAGAUGAGAAAUGCAUCUGGAAUAGUGACUUUUGCUCUGUGUUCCAACUGCUAUGUUGUCAUUUAUGUUAAAUGAACACCAUUUUGCUGAUGAAAUAAAAUGAAGAGAUGAUGUUUACAUUA